UGCUUUUUUGCCGGUCCGGUCCGCGACAGUAUACGAGUGCGAAUGUUAACAGUGUCGAGUAUCUUUAUAUGGUUAAUCGUCGCAUAAGUCCGAUCGCGCGUCUCUGGUCGUAUUUCCGUGCCGUCGUGUCGAAAGUCGUUGGGCGACAUGAAAAGCUCGUAAUCAAGUACGUCGCGACGCGCCGCCAUGUUGCUCGGCAUCGUACGUUGGGUCUCUGCCGUGAACCGUCGAGUCGGAAAUACUCGGCAAAGAGCGAGAAAUACAUAUAUUCAUUGUUCAUUAUCGAAAUACGCGACGACCGCGAGUGUAUAUAGUGCUCGAGAAAUGCUCCUUUCGCCGGAUUCUCGCUCGAGGAGCUGAAAUGGUGCAAUCGCGAAAUGGUGCCGUACGCAUUCGCGAAAUGGUGUCGUGUGCAAGGUGCUCGGACGAUUUCCGACAUUCGCCGGUAGUCAUUUCGAUUCUUAUCUAUCGAAUUUCGGCGACAUUUCGACGCUCCGUUGUUCGGAGUUAUCGCGCGUGGAAGCUCCUGCGCGAUUUCCGCGAUUUCUUCGUCGUCAAAUAGUGAGUGGAAAAAUAUAGUGAAGUGCCCAAAUCUGGAAUAAGUGAGAUAUAAAAUAUAUAAUAAAGUGCAGUGGCCAAUUUUGGAAUAUCAGCGAAAAUAUAGUGAAGUGCCCAAAUCUGGAAUAAGUGAGAUAUAAAAUAUAUAAUGAAGUGCAGUGGCCAAUUUUGGAAUAUUAGUGACCCCUAGUGCGUCGCGAGGGAAUUAGCUGUCGUUGUUUGAUGAGACCCCCCGAUAGGUGGCUCUUGAAGUAAGUGGUGACGCGAAAAUGGAGCAUCGUGCGCGAAUAAGCUCUCGCGAUUCUCUUUUCCCGAAAAUGUGAUAAUAAAAACCCGAACGUCGCCGCUCGUCGCGAUCGAAAAAAACAAGUAACGCGAGUGCAAGUGUUUCGAAGUUUCUUCUGAGAGGAGGAGGAGCCCCGGAGUGGCAUCGGGUAACGGCAAAGGUACUACAUGAUGUCACACUACGAUAGAAGUACCUGCAAUCAAAGGACUGCGGUGAUUGACCAUGAAAGACAGUUUCAAGAAGAUCUGGAACGAGCUCAAGCCCUCAGUUUGGAAAGCUUGGCUCUAGAGAAAUUUAGAUUAGAAAAAUUACGCUCGGAAUUCAGUAAUGUGGAACAAUCAUGCAUUACGCAGAACAAUGUAUGCAAUAGUGCUACAUCGGAAACAGAUUGUUCGCAAAGAGAAAGAUCUCAAUGCAGAAGUCGACCAAGACCAGGAUCCAUUAACAAUCAAACAAAUCAAAAGAAUACUGUAAUAUUAGCACCGCCACCUCCAAUACCAUGUAGAAGAAAUUCAACGGCCACUGCUGCAAGUCAGGGUCCUUCUAAUGACUUAAUCAAUUUUACAAGUUCUGUGAAGCAGGAUAAUCUGGCUGACUAUUGCUCAGCCCCACCUCCACCUCCUCCAAAAGCACCAAUAGAACCUAACUGGGAUACACACCCAUCAUUAUUGAAGAAACAAUCAAGAGUGUCUCGAAGUAAUAGCUCAGCUGGCGCAUAUCAUUCCAGAGAUUUUAGAUAUCAUUCUCUUUCUCCAGGUCCGCGAUCUUCCACAGCACCAUGUACACCAGGAACACCGGGAAUUAGUCCUAUCAUGUCAAGAGCUAAUAGUGUUAGCAACAAUGUACCUGAUAUUGCACCACAGCCUGCAUGGAAAUUUAUUAUCUUUAACCAUCUUUUCUUCAGACAGAUUCCUCCAUUGCCUGCAAAUUAUAGACCAACUGUUGCACCUGCCAUGUGUGCCCCGGCAAUACCGGUAUUCUGUAUAGAUGAUGAACAGUUAAACGUGUUAAAAGUGAUAGAAAAGAAACCAAAUAGCAAUCUUAUAGAUUUGAAUAGUUUUGAGCAAACGGAAGACAAAACAAAUGUGCGAGUUAGCGUAUUGGAAGCGUUUGAUCCAUUACUUAUUAAAACUGACAGUAGAAAUGAUCCUACGCAAGAAAAUAGAGACGAGUUGCAAUCGCAAGUUAGUGGCAGUGUAUACGAUCCGUUCGAUCCAUUUGAUUACAUGUACAGCACAAACGAAAGCGUUAACUCGGAUCCAGUUUAUGCUGCUGUAGAAAAAUCAGCAAAAUCCCCGGCUAUGUCGCCAGCUGCACCACCCCCAUUGCCUCCUCGCAAUUCGUCUGCAUGGAACACCAUAGAAAGACGAAAAACUUCUUUAGACCGUCGACAAAAGCGUCAAACACGAUUGUACGAGAAUGUAACUGUCAUAAAAACCAGAUCAUCUCUUCAUGAUUGUGAUCUGAAGGCAUUUCAUAAGAUGAUAAAGUCUAUACGAAGCGAGUUUCCGUUUAAUAAUCCCACUACAAAUAUUGGAUAUGUAGUUAGCCCAAUAAUGGAGAAUUUAUAUCCAGAUGGCACAAGUAUAAAAUUAGUAGUUCAUCCGCAAUUAGUCAAUAGUGAUAAAGAUCCUACAGCAUCCAUAUCUUUUACUUGCAAUGUGAAUUGUAGCGUUGAGCACGUUAUCUUGAAUGUUGCUUGUUCCUUAGAAGAUGAGGAUACAGUAAACGUAGAAAAAUAUUGUUUAAGAGUAUGGGGCCUGGCUGAAUAUCUCGCACCUAAUACGACCUUAGCACAAUAUGAAUACAUACAUCAAUGCAUUAAGUUAGAAAAGGAUAUUGAAUUAGCUAUAAUGAGCAGAGCACAAAUUAAACAGUCACUUGCUAGAACACUGCAAGAUGAUAAUUGUGAUCAGUAUCUAAAAUUAGAAGAUAUUCUACCAAAUGAACCUUUGCAGCCUAUUUCGUAUGAUACAUUAAUUAUUUUACUAGAAACAGUAGAGAAAGAAAUGGAACGCGUGGAAAAUGCUGCGUUACAAUUGGUGAAUACAAAUCAAGGUUCUGUUCUACUACCUCAACUUCAACCACAUUGCGUGGUGCAAGCAGUAAAAGCGGUGUGUGCCUUAAUGGGAAGCAUCGAGACGUUCGAGAUCACCGAAGCUGUUGACAAUUUUGUAAAUGCUUGCUGCCAAUUUCUACCGCAAUCUCACACAGCCAACAUAGAAUGUAAAAAGCCCGAAAUCAUACACGAGGAUGGCGAUUAUGCUGUGGUUACUUUGAGAAAAAAGUUUCCCGAUGUGAUUUCUUCGCAUUGUCAUAAAAUUCGUGAUGCUGUUCAAGAACUUGUCGAGACGUACUGUCAUGCGUUUAGAGUUGAUUUUCAAUUAAAUACCAAAGGAGACUAUCCGACGAAUACAUUAAUUUCGUCGGAAGUAAUUGAUACUAUUCUGGUACGGGUCGGAGCUCUACAUAGGUUGCCAACUACGUGGAAACACGACGAUUAUAUAGUAGCAGCUCAAAUCUUUCAUGGAACUAGACCGGUAGGAAAUCCAGUUUUAUCGGAACCGAUGACAGUCAGCACAAAUUUUUAUCCAAGAAUUUUAUUUAAUUCAUGGUUGGAAUUUCGCGGAAUAAGUGUCUGUCAAGUACCAAGGGAAGCCAGACUUGUAGUAGUUCUUUACGGCCGCACUUUACAACCUGCCGAACACGAAUCAAACUCGUCCGCAGAGAAUGCGAUGCAGAAGGAAGAACUCGGAUGGGGUGCUAUACAGUUCUUUGAUUAUGACGGUGUUAUGAGCCAAGGAAGUUUUUUUCUGUCUCUUUGGCCAGCCAUUGCAGACAAAAGAUUAGGCCCAGCACCGGCACCUGGAAUUCAUCCAUGUGGUGAUACUCAUCCCAUUAUAGGCUUAGAAUUACCUGAUUAUGGAGGAAAGGUGUUAUUCCCCACAGAGUUGAGAGAUUAUGAUGUGGAAUCGCUAGACUUUAAUUCGUUAGAUCAGAAUACACAAGAAUUAUUAAUAGAUAUUACACAGCAGGAUACAUUCUCUAGACCGCCUAUUGAUGAAAGGGAAAUUUUAUGGGAGAAAAGACAUUACUUGCACGACAGACCCGAAGCUUUACCUAAAGUAUUAUUAGCUGCUCAUAGUUGGGACUGGGCAUGCUUGCCAGAUUUACAUGCUUCACUCAGAGUUUGGAGUUUGCUGCCUCCGGUACAAGCUCUACAAUUACUUUUACCAUGUUUCCCAGAUAUGAAAGUUAGAGAAAUGGCAGUUGGAUGGAUUCGCGAAUUAAGUAAUGACGAACUUGUCGAUUAUUUACCGCAAUUACUUCAAGCAAUGAAACACGAGACAUAUGAAGCUUCACCUCUUACUCGAUUCUUGUUAGAGCGUGCCUUAUUUUCACCAAGGGUGGCUCAUCACAUUUAUUGGUUGCUAACUCAAGCGCUGCCAGGACAAAGUCCCCAGAAUUCUGGUGAAAUCGCUGUAGAAGAUGACAAAGCUAUCAGUUGUGCUCGUUAUCAACGAAGAUUGCAAUUAAUGUUAAGAGCUUUACUCGCAGUUAUUGGAGAUGCACUGAGAAAAAGUUUCCUGACCCAACAAUUACUAGUUAAAAAUCUACAUGAAGUAGCUGAAAAUAUCAAAGUUACGAAGGAAUCGUUACGAAUGGAGACGCUUAAAAUUGGUUUACAAAAUAUACACUGCCAGUUAAUGGAAGAUGACGGCACGUGUUUACCACUGUCUCCCAGUAAGUUAGUAUUUGGCAUCAACGUACAAACGUGCUCCUAUUUCUCAUCGUUCACUCUCCCGUUGAAAAUUAACUUCAUUAGUUGCGACAAUGUAAUAAGUCCGGCAAUCUUCAAGGUCGGCGAUGAUUUACAACAAGAUAUGUUAACUCUCCAAAUGGUACGCAUUAUGGAUAAGUUGUGGUUAAAGGAAGGCCUCGAUCUGAAAAUUGUCACUUUUGCCUGCGUACCUACCGGUCACAAACGUGGAAUGAUAGAGAUGGUGACGAAUGCAGAGACAUUACGAAAGAUCCAGGUUGAAUUUGGGCUAACGGGAUCGUUUAAGGAUCGACCGAUCGCAGAGUGGCUAGCGAAGCAUAAUCCCUCGGAGUUGGAAUAUGAAAGGGCGGUGGAGAAUUUUACUGCCUCUUGCGCCGGUUACAGCGUCGCCACUUAUAUCUUAGGAAUUUGUGAUAGGCAUAAUGAUAACAUUAUGCUAAAAACGUCUGGUCAUUUGUUCCACAUCGACUUUGGAAAAUUUCUUGGAGAUGCGCAAAUGUUUGGAAACUUUAAGAGAGAUCGAACGCCGUUUGUGCUGACAUCAGAUAUGGCAUAUGUUAUAAAUGGUGGUGAUAAACCUUCGGCAAAAUUUCAUCAUUUCGUGGAUUUAUGCUGUCAAGCUUUUAACAUAGUGCGAAAACAUGGAAAUCUGAUUCUUCAUCUUUUUGGACUGAUGACUUCGUCCGGUAUUCCUGGGGUAACUAUGGACGCAGUGAGUUACGUACAGAAGGCUCUGCUUCCCGGACAAACGAAUCCUGAAGCAGCGGCAACUUUUGCUCGAAUGAUAGAAAGUUCGUUGAAAAGUUGGUUCACGCAGUUCAACUUUUUCUUGCAUAAUCUGGCGCAGCUCAGAUUUUCCGGAGAUCAUAGCGAAGGAGAAUUGUUGUCCUUUAUUCCGCGCACGUACACAAUGCAACAGGAAGGUCAAUUAACAAGCGUGCAAGUUCAUGGGUAUCAAAAACGUUACGAUCCGGAAAAAUAUUACAUGUACAUUCUACGAAUACAACGAAAAGGACAACCGGACCCGACAUAUCUAUUCCGAUCGUAUAAAGAGUUUUGUGAAUUUUACCAGAAAUUAUGCAUACAUUUUCCACUUGCUAAAGUAGCCAGUUUACCAAGUGGAAUAAGCGUGGGACGGUCUAAUAUUAAACAAGUAGCUGAUAAACGGCGAGCAGAUAUAGAGAAAUUCCUUGUAAGUCUAUUUAAAAUGGCACCCGAAAUAUCUCAAAGUGAUCUGGUUUAUACUUUUUUCCAUCCAUUGCUGCGAGACCAACAAAAUGCCGACAUACGUUUGCGUAAAGUUAAAGUUGGAAAUUGGUGGGCCGAGAAGAGAGUCAGAGAUAACGUACAAAGCGGUCAAAUCAAGUUGUCUCUUCACUACACUCGUGGCACUUUAUCCGUCAUGGUCUGUCAUGCCCGAGGACUUCCUAAAGUCGCUAAUGCUCAAGAGCCAAAUACAUACGUGAAAGUAUAUCUUAAACCCGAUCCUACAAAAGUGACGAAACGGAAAACGAAAGUAGUAAAGAAGAAUUGUCAUCCAUCAUUUAUGGAAAUGUUGGAGUACAGAAUGCCUCUAGAAGUGAUUAGAGAGAGAACACUCGAAGCAACGAUAUGGAAUCAUGAUACAUUGCAAGAAAAUGAAUUUCUCGGCGGUAUAAGUUUACCACUCGGACGUCUUGACUUGACAAACGAAACUAUUGAAUGGUUCCCAUUAGGUAGUGUACGAUGAGGCGAGUACGAAGACUGUUCCAGAAUAAAAUCUCUUAAUGCUCAUAAAUAUUAUCAUUAGGAUAUACAGGAAACGUAACGCACAACAUUAAAACUUUUUUAGUAAGCACAAGCAAGUGCAAUAAUCACUAUGUUUCUCAAGAUAAAAAUAAUUGUAAUUUACAUAGUUUUGUGCAUCUCAAGCCGAGUUUCGUUUCUUUAACGAAGUUCAAUAUAAUAAAUAUUAAAAAUUAUGUGAUAUCCAGAGAAGAGAUAGCUAUAUAUAAAAAAGUAGAGAGUAAAGAGAGUCAACUUCUACAAAGAUCGCUUUAAAAAGUUAGUACACAACGAUUAUACUUAAAAAAUAUCUGCACAUGCAUGUAUCUAAAUAUGCAUGUGCAUAACAAAUAGAAAAAAAUGUUGCAAAAAUUUUAAAUUAU